AGAAGAAGAAGUUAAAACGGAGACGAGGAGGAAGAGGGAAAUUUUGAAAGAGGAUGAGUUUGUUUUGGUGUUGAAAACUUUGUUUAACUCUGAUUUUUAGGUCGUUUUCUGGUUGAAGUUUAUUACGGAGAAGAUGAGCUCGUGCUUUUGAGUGUCUUUGAGCGCGCUAAACAGGUAAGAAGACGUCAUCAAGGUACGUGUUAGCAUUACCGGCUAAUGUGUUUACUGUGGACUCUUGAGUCAAAUUUAAUAAAACGAUCACAAAAAGCUCUAACACCUGAGCCAUAAAUUGAUCUAAUGUCAGGUUUGUGUCAGAGUUUAGUGAGUAGAAAAUGACGUUAGCUCAGCUGGCUUUACGGUUAACGUUUCUAUGGUAACGACCGUUUGUUUGUUUCCCUCAUUACUUUCUUCUACAUCUUUUUCCAUCGUUGGUUAACAUUUUCAACCUUUUUCAGACUAUGUUCUGUUUCUUCCUCCUGUCACUGUUGAUGUUUUCAUACUUUUGAACUUUUAUACUUUUGUUAUUUGUUUUAUAGUCAAACUGGCAUUUAAAUUAUAGCACCUUUAGGCGAUGGACAUUUUUAUCCAUCUAAGGACCUAAACGUAACUUUUUUUUAGAACCCCUGAGGGUUAAUAUGUUUGAGUUAUAGAUCAGUUGUUUACAUCACAGAGCUUUUCUGUAAAGGACCUCUACUCUGAAAUUCACCACCAUGUCUCUCUCUGUUGUUUCCUUUCAGGAUGAAGAGCUCAGUCUCCCUCCUCUCUCCUCCCCCCUCGCCUAUCCCUGCCCCUCUGCCCCUCCCCACCUCCCCCAUGGCUCUCUGUCCUGAACUUGACCUGUCCGUCACACUCAGUCCCGCCCCCAAAAUGUGCCAUAAACAACCAAACUCCUGUCAACGGAAGAUGAAGCAGCAGAGUGACCGGUCACAGCCAAAGCCCCGCCCACCAAGACAGACAGAAAGAAAGAGGGACACACAGGUUGUUACACACUCUGCAUGUGUGUGUGUGUGUAGAGUGGCUGAGGGAUGUACUUUCACAUCAGGUUGGAGGGUUAACCACAUUCAUGACCACCUUCAUGUUUCAGUUUUCUCUGUAUGUGUGUUUGUGACGUUAUCUUGUGUGUGGUCCCCUUCAGGUGAGAUUUGAAGAGCCGCUGGUCAUCACUGUUACACCAGAACCUCACGUCACAGCGAAGGAGACGCCACCACAGCAGCCAACCAGAGGUCAGAGGAGGAGCAAAGGACGUCACCGCGGUAAACUGAUAAUUUUUAUAAUAAGAGAAAUAUCUGGUAAUUUAUUUUCAGACAUGAGACUUGGUCUGUUCAUGUCUCCUUUCAAAACAACAAUUCAAUUAAUUUUUUCAGAAGCUUUCGAUCAGAAAAUUGACCAAUCAUAAAUAUAAAAAUCUGCCUUGUUGAUUUGUGAAGCUCCUCCAAAGUGUGCAGAACCACCUGCUGCAGCAUCCAAUCAAGAUCCAGGCUGUCUUGAGAGGGCGGAGCUAAACACCACUCUGGCUCUAAAGGCGGAGCUCGAGUCUCUGCAGGUUUGUUGAUUUUGAAUCAUUAUUAAUACAUGAUCAUACUGAUUGAUUGAUUAACAGAUGGUCAGCAGAGAGUUAUUACAAUAACAGAUGCGUUGUCCUGCAGGAGGCGGGGUUUAACACCCAGAAGGCUGUUCAGGAGACGUUACAGCGCUCACAGAGGACCAAACACUUGAUCAACACCCGCGCGACUGAAGGUAAAACCACAGAAUUUAAAGAUCCUUAUUAUUGGUUUUGAUUAUCAUUAUCAAUAUUGAUCAUUUAUAUUAUUAGAAAUACAGAUCAUAUGAUAUUUGUCUGUUUGCCUCUUUUUUCUGAAUGUGUCUACGUCCUUACAUCUCUCUCUCUUCUCUCCAGAGGUGAAUGUCUCUCGCUCUCAGGUUCUCUUCACCUCAUUGGUCAGCGUGGAUGUUCAGGAGGAUCAGCUGAUCAGCCAGGUGUUGCAGGACAGGCUGCAGCUGGCCCCUGCCCCUUGCCGUAUGGAAAAGCCAGAGGACGGCCCCUUGCUCCCCUUUUUCAUGACCCCUGAUCUCCUCAGACAAAAACCCCUCCCAUCGGAGGAGGAGCCAAUCAACUCCAAACCCCGCCUUCAAACACAUCCAAAAUGUUCAACAUUUGACCUUUACAGGAGACGGACUCGCUACGAGGCGGUGCCCUGAGAGAAUCAGAGGAGUUCUCUAAUUGGCUGGACUGAAUUAACUCAAAAACUUUUCAAAAAACUGUUACAAUAUUAAACUUAAUGGGUAUUUUAUUGCAUCUCUAUUAUUAUUAAUUUUAACAUAUUCAAUAAAGCCUUUUGAAUUGAAAAGUUUAA